UUAUGAAAGUUGCUGUCAUGACAUUGAUCUAAACAGGUGUUUACAGACAGGUAUUAUGUUAACAUAGAGUAUAUUUGACAUUUGUCAUUAUGUGCUGUUGAGCCAGACAGGUGAUUUUGUGGACAUAAAUAAACGGGGCAUUGCCCUGAUGAACAUGUUUCACUUUUAUUUUGCGAUAUCAAGAUGAGCUUGGAGUGGAGUUUUUCCUGAAGUCAGGUUUCUAACUAAUUUCUGAGCUGUAGAUGAAGAGAACUGUGUGUGAGAACUGUGACUUGUGAAGAUAUUGUGUCUGAGGAUACAGACAUAACCAAAAUGAGGCCAAAUCAUGCUUUCCCUCUUGUCUUCAUGCUUGCUGUGAAAUGUGGAAUAUUGCCGUUUUCAUUCCAUGUAAAUGACAGCUCAACUACUGUGUAAUUUAAUUUGCCCAGUGGAGACAUAAAUAGGAAUAUAUUUUUUUUUUCUUUUUGCCAGUAGCUACCAACCUAUUGCAUAAAACAUAAACAUUUAAGGGUCAGCAUUUAUACCGCAUUGUCAAGUUAGCCAAAACACCAGAGCCUUGACUAAGAAGUGGGAGCUCAGGUGUGUUCCAGCCAUACUGAAUACUAUGUCUGCUGUUUGUGUGAUAAGGCACUAAUAUUCAGUGUGUUAUUGUGCCAAAGCUCAAGGAUGUCUGGAGCUAGGCACAUGGAGUCCCUGAAACACCCACUAAUGAGAAGACGCAACCCACGACUGAGUGGGAGAACUGGCAGAUACGAGGAGUAAGACGUGAUUUUUAAAAUGCUUCUCAUGCUAAGACCUAAGACCAUGUUCAGACCAGCUCCCUGCUGUGGAGUCUCUCUCUGCUGGAUUUAUAUAUCUGUCCUCCUACAUGGAACCACAAGCUCUGCUUCAACCACUCUGAGCCAGCAUCAGCUCCUGAAUGUGACUGUUGUUCAGGACAAGAAGGGCGCAGACUGGGAGUCGCCAUUUCUGCAGCUGAGAGCCUGGUUAUCAUCUUAUUCCCGGCCCAUUCGCCCAUAUUCCCUGCUGACAAAUGGUGGAGACUACCAGUACAUGCCCAAACCUCAACACCAACGCCCGUCUCGGCUGAUGCGUCUUCUAGGACCCUCUUUCAACCCAUUCUGGAUGUCUGUAGAAAAGCCCUCUGAAGCCUCUGGGGUCUGGACAUCAGAGGCAGGUCAGAGUGAUGGUCAGCCUGUGUUCCGUGGUGAUACACCCCCUGCAUCAGUGCCAAAUUACACGACUGCCAGAGGAAGAUUCAACUUGAGUGCUUCUCCAGAACUGACGGAGGCUGCAGCAAACUACCAACGGAAGCUGGAGAAGGAAGUCACAGAUGUGGAUCUUGGUUCUCUGCCCCCAGAUGUCGCCACAGCAGUGCGAGACCGCUUAGUCCGCAUGGCCUCGUGUGGGCUCUGCUACCAGUGGGUGAAUCUGGGUCCAGCUUUCUGGCCACGCUGGCUGAGGCAGACUGAUUGUGAAAAAUCACAUGCAAGUUGCUCAUUUCCCAGUGGGAUGGAAUGCAUGCGGGCUCAGACAACACACAUCAGGUUACUGGCUUGGCAUUGCUGGCAAAGUGAAGAGGGUGAAGUGAAGGCUGCUCAGCCCGAUGGCAGCACUGAGAUGGGAACAGGUGAAGCGAAGCAGAAGUGUGUAUGGAGGAAGGUGCCCUAUCCUGUGGUCACAGCAUGUAAAUGUGCAUGUAAAUGAACUCUUUUAUCUCCUGUUGCUCAGGAUUUUUAUUCCCGUCUGUAUGCAUACCACGUUUUUUUUAGAUUUUUGCCGGCAUGAUGUUACUGAUGUGAAAUGUCUACAGGUUUUGUUUGAUGAUUUUUCAAAUCUAAGAUCAUUAUAGCUGCUUUAAAUUGCCUUAUAAGAUAGUACAUGAACUUUAAAGUUAUUUGCUAUGAGCUGGAUAUAAUAAACAUCUUAGAUCUUGAUGGUUGGCUGCUAAAGUCUUUAUCAAGUCUCUUGCACACCUGACAGGAAAUGCUUAGUGACAGGUAUGUAGAUAAAAAGGAUAAUGUAAAACAUCAAAUAUUUUUUUAUAUUUGAUGUUUUUCAAAUUCUCUGUCUUUACUGAGCACCAGCUGCACUUUCAACACCAUGUUUUGAGAUCAUGCAGUUGCACACAUUUACACAGGGACUUUCCCAGUCACCUGCAUGGAAAACUCACUAGGACUAGAAUAAUUCACUUUCCCCACCCAGUUUCUGAACUGCUCUGGGGAUUUGAACCAGUGUCCUCUGGGUCACAAGCCUGAUGGUGGUGUGGGUUAUAUUAAACCAGCAUUAUUUGUACAAUCUUUUAGUGAAUUUAGGAUGUGCUGUGUUCGUUUCAUAUGGGAAAAACUCCCCUUGACCAGUAAAAUCAAUGAUUUAGACAUGUCAAAAGCUGCCAAAAACUCCUGUGUUUGAAGUUUCCAAUUCAAUAAAUUCAGUUCAACACAACUUGACUAACCCCAGAGAAGUAAUUCAUUUUGGGACGACAGUGUACGAGACACAGACAUAAACAGUCCCACUGUUUCUUGAGACUGGUUGCUCCUGGUCAGCUGUAUGCACAUCUGCAGGGAGUGGUAGGACUUGAUCUGUUACAAAACUCCAACAUUACAACAUCAGCUUUCUCAAAACCCAGUAAGCAUCUGUAUCCUGUCAUGCCAUUUCAUGAGCUGUGAUGGCAAAAUAGGUCAGAAGAGCUUUUUGUUUUAUUUGAAAUACAUCAGUCCAUGAAACUAAAAAUAAUUAACUUGACUGUAAGAUGUUAAUCUCAGAAUUCGGGACGCAGAAGAAAUCGUAGUCCAUCACCAAACCCAGACUUCCUCAAUAGUAUUUAUGUCCUGAGGGAUAAAGUUAAAAGCAUUUUCAGGUACCAAAGCUCACAUGUACCGAAUUUCAAAGACGACCUGAA